GCAAAGGUAGCUUCUGGUUACAAACUUUGGACCAAUCAGGACGCCGCUUUGCCUUCCAGCAGGAGCAACAGUUCAAUCUGGAGCGCUUCACGAAGAAACUAUCUCCUCUAAAUUCAAACUGACGAUGCUUAUUCACUUCCGCUGACAUAUCUGAUAGCCAACUAAUUGUCAUUGAAGGAAACGCUUCCGAGUAAUGACAAUGUUGGGUAUGUAUGUGCCAGACAGAUUUUCUCUGAAAUCGUCAAAGGUCCAGGAUGGAAUCGGUCUUUACACGGCGCGGCGAGUGAAAAAGGGAGAAAAGUUUGGCCCCUUUGCAGGUGAGAAAAAGCUGCCUAGUGAGCUGGAUGAAAGCUCGGACACCAGGCUUAUGUGGGAGGUCCGUGGCAGUAAAGGAGAUGUACUGUAUAUUCUGGAUGCCAGUAACCCGCGCUAUGCCAACUGGCUGCGGUUUGUCCAUCAGGCGCCUUCACAAGAGCAGAAGAACUUGGCAGCCAUACAGGAUGGAGAGAACAUCUUUUACCUGGCUGUGGAUGACAUAGAGACAGACACAGAGCUCCUAAUAGGCUACCUGGACAGUGAUAUGGAGGAAGAGGAGGAGGAAGAAGAAGAGGAGGUCAUCAAAGAUGAAGACGAAAAUAGUAAAGAUGCCAAGCAUCUUGUUGAAAUGGAACUAGUAAUAAAGAAGGAGGACCACCCCUGCUUGCUGUGUGAGAGCAGUUUUCCCAGUGAGGAGAUCCUGGCCGCCCACCUCCAGAGUCUGCACCAGAGGCCCAGCACAGAGGAGAAGGACUUCAAAUGCAGGAACUGUGGCAAGAAGUUCCCCAUCAAACAGGCUCUGCAGCGCCAUGUUUUGCAUUGUUCUGAGUCACCGGAUCCAUCAGGUGACUCUAAAGCGCACCAGUGCUCCCUGUGCCACAACACGUUCAGCUCUGAAUCCAGCUUUGAACAGCAUAAGGAAGCCUGUAAAGGAGAUGCCAGGUUCAUCUGUAAAGCAGAGAGCUGUGGCAAAAGAUUCAAGAGCAAGGACGCUCUGAAGAAGCAUAAAGGAAAUGUUCACACAGGGAGUGCACGUCGGAAACUCACAUGCACCAUAUGCAACAGAAAAUGCUCCUCCUCUCUGAAUCUACAAGAACACAGAAAGGUCCAUGAAAUAUUUGACUGCCACGCAUGUGACAAGAAGUUCAUUUCCACAAAUCAGCUAAAACGCCAUAUGAUCACACACUCAGAGAAGCGACCAUAUACAUGCGAGAUCUGCAGCCGUUCGUUCAAGCGUCUGGACCAAGUGACGGCUCAUAAGAUCAUCCACAGCGAGGACAAACCGUACAAAUGUAAGCUAUGUGGGAAAGAGUUUGCUCACCGCAACGUCUACAAGAAUCACAAGAAGACCCACUCUGAGGAAAGACCUUUCCAGUGUGAGGAGUGCAAAGCGCUGUUCCGCACCCCCUUCUCUCUACAGCGUCACUUACUCAUCCACAACAGUGAGAGGACAUUCAAGUGCGACCAGUGCGACGCCACCUUCAAGAGGAAGGACACGCUCAACGUCCACAUCCAGGUGGUGCACGACGGCCAUAAGAAGUAUAAGUGCGACCUGUGUGAGAAGGCCUUUGUAACGCCGUCAGUCCUCAAGAGCCACAAGAAGACACACACGGGGGAGAAGGAGAAGAUCUGCCCAUACUGCGGGCAAAAGUUUGCCAGCAACGGCACGCUGAGGGUCCACAUCCGCAGCCAUACAGGUGAGCGUCCAUACCAGUGCCCCUACUGUGACAAAGCAUUCAGCAAGAACGAUGGCCUGAAGAUGCACAUCCGCACACACACUCGUGAGAAGCCGUAUAAAUGCAGCGAGUGUAACAAAGCCUUCAGCCAGAAAAGAGGACUGGACGAGCACAUGAGGACCCACACAGGAGAGAAACCUUUCCAAUGUGAUGUGUGUGACCUGUCAUUCAGCUUGAAGAAGAUGCUCAGCAGGCAUAAGCUCACACACAACCCUAACCGGCCCAUGGCAGAGUGCCAGCUGUGCCAUAAGAAGUUCACCAGGAAUGACUACCUCAAAGUACAUAUGGAGAAUGUCCACGGGGAAACAGAGAGCUAGAACCAAUUAUGGAACCACUGGCUGAAAAUGAUAUCUGAUUCCUCAGAUAAAGUUCAGCCCUAUGUAACCAGCAUGGCCUAUAUAUACUGUAUGCACAGAUGGAUAGAUAGCAGGAAUGUUGUUAUUAAAGAUACAUACAUGUAGGAUAUGGAAAACAUUUGGGCAAGUAUUUCAAAACUGAAACAUAGGCUGUACAUUGGUCAUUUCUUUGUCUUACUGUUUAGAAAUAUUUGAACAAACAAAAUCCCAAAUAUGUUUGAGCUGCCUCCAGAGCCGCUGAGUCUGCACACAGAAAUGUCAGACAUUUCAUUUCUAGUCUUUCUGACUUCUAACCAGUGUUACUGUUCAUACUGUUACAGCCUGACCUCUUCCACUGUAGCAUUUACUGACCAACUGUCUGAAUACCUUACUGUACAUCUGUGGCCAGUUGCCAUGUGUCAAAGAACACCUGCGACCAAAGACCUUUUAGCGCACUGUUUUUUGUUUUACCUGUACGCUUUCGACAUGUUUACACCUUUCUGUUACAUUUUGCACCUGUUCUCUGGUGUCCAAACAUGUUUAAUAUUUAGACUCUGUUAAGCCCCGAGAGCAUACUUGAAAACCAUGUUGCUCCAUUUAAUAUUUCAAAAAAGAAGUAUUAGAAAAGGAUGGUCGAACAGGACAUGGGGAGUUGGAGCCAGAGAGUAUAAACAUACUGCCCUCAGUCUUUCAUGUUCCUUUUUCAGAUCUACUAGGGCCCUCAUUUUUAAAAAGUUAUGAAUGGCCCCAAGAAAAGUUGCAUGGUUUUUGUUGUACUAUGGGAUAGCUGAUGGGAAGUCAACAAUGUCAUACAAGACAGGAGUAAUUUCAGUUUUUAGGUAUAAUCUGGUAGACAACUUUAAAACUGUUGGACCUACAUUAUUAACUUAUGAUGAACGAGUUGACCUGUUCCUUCCUUACCCAUGGCCUUUUGGUGCUCAAAGUGUUACUGUUUCUGUGUCCCAAAUUGUAUUAGGGACAAAAAGAAAAUCCAAGGUACUGUGUGUGCUGACUUUUUGUAAUGAAUUGUUGAGUAUGUUUCCAUAUGAAUGGCCCAGGGUUAUUGUGCCUUACAGUGUGUGUUUACGUUGUUCUUUAUUAAUCAUUGUUCAAUACAGUAUUUCGUGUAUUUCCAUAGAAGUGCAAUUCUGUCCUGUUUUAUAUCUAGACCCAUUUGCUUCCUCAUUUACUGCCCCUUUGAUUAAUGCACAUUUCCCUGCUGUUUAUUCUGCAUCUGUAGACUGUGAAUUGUCACUUCACACUUUUGUAUUUUGAAAUGUAUAAAACCUCAUCACCUACCAAACAUC